GCAUCGUGUUCGUUCAUAGGCUGCACCGCAGCUGUUUUUGUUUGCGUGUGAGGCAGAGAGAUCUGGAGAGAGUUGCUGUGCGCGCAUAUCAACAUGACUGAGAGUACGAAUCAUGACAUCGUUAUGACGCACUGAGUGUGCGUAUCAUAUUAUCACACACGUAGUGUAGUCGGCCGCGAGUCGUUCGUCUGUCUACUUGUGGUAGUUGGUGCCCUUGCGGAUCUCCACCGCUCGGUACAGCUGCGCACAGCCAAACAACACAGAGAAUACCAAUUGGCAAAAGACACGUAGGCAUGUGCAUUUGCACGCACCUGCUCAUAGAGUAUCAGCCGCGCCAGCUCGUGAGGGAAGGUCAUGCGGGACAGACUCACAUAGCUGCACUCACACACACCGACACACAUGUGAGUGAGCACGUGGCAGCGCCCCUGCACGUACCGUACUCGACCACUCAGCUGGCCCGUCUUGGGCCGCAGUGCGUCGGGCAGUCCCUCUGCACCGCCUGCACACACAACACAUACCAAACAAGCGUAUGCACACAUGUACGUGCGUGCACGUGUGUUGGUGUCGUGUGGAUGUGAUGUGGGUACCGAUGACGACGGACACCCGUGAGCCGCCUUGCUGCAGCAGGCUGUACAAGAGGCCGCUGAACGACUCGCUCGUGUGCUCAUCACCCUGCACACACACACACACGACGAUGGAUGGAUGGAUGGAUGGAUGGAUACAGACGCGCAUUCAUACCUGCACAUCAAGGCACACGACUGCGUGCUGCUUUGAGAGGUCCCUCUGUACACAUGACACCAACGAGUCAUCCUGAGAGCGUGUACGUGGCCACAUGCGCACCACACCGUCGGGCCACAUCAUGCUGGAUGGGGUCAUGUGGUGUGCGUGUGUGGCUGGUUGCUUCUAUACGUUGGCGGCCCAUUCGGUCUUGACGUCGAGUGCUGACCGCAUCCGCACACGAUACUGCUCGCAGCCGAUGUCCUGAAUGAAUGAAUGCACUCAGACGGACAAACACUCACACCGAGAGGGGGCAUGCACACACGCAUCUGUGGUAUAUGGUGCGCACCUGCCAUGUGCCUUUCUUGGUGCAUUUGCCCCGAAUGCGCACAGUCACCUCACAGACCAUACGCACCUGCACACACACACAUAUAUACGCACAUGCCCGCACAGAGGAGAGAAUGACGAACGUGGCUGCUGAUGGCCUGGCCGGCCAUUCAUCCAAUUUAUGCGCCAACAUACAUACAUACAUACAUACAUACAUACACACAUUGCAACGCGUUGUACAGCCAUCCGCCCGCCUCAUAUGUACACGAUAGCCUUCACAGCAGCCACACAAGCACCACAUCAGUGCACUCAUCAGCACAAGUUCGCGCAUCCUUCUUCAAUGAUGCCAAGCGGAGAUCUCCAUCCCAAUCGCCUCAUACGACAUCACUAGCAAGGUGGCGUCGCUCAUUUGCCUCAUUUGGCCUCGAGUUUGGUGCCUGCGAGCUUAGCUUGAGCCUACCUUUAGCUCGCACAU